CAAGCUAGCUAGCAACUCUAGAAUUAACCUCGUUUCCAGGCUAUGACGGAAGUGUAUAGGAAGUAGAUUACUCUAGAAUAGACAAUGUAUCUCUUCAAUUUACAAUGUAUCUAGACAGGACACCACUGGAUAUUAUAUUUUAAUUCCACGUGGUAAUGUCAGAAAUAUCGGUAAUCCGUUGCUAGAUUAUGUGGUUAGGUAAAAACCCCUUGCUCAAAAUAACCGUACAAUGUCCAAUUGAACUUCUUCCGUCCUUCUAUUUCUUUCGGAGAUAAUAUCCGGAGUAGCGUCAUGCUAUCUAGCCUACUUUAUGGAGCACGAGUGCUUAUCUUACGGUAGGAUAUAUCUCAACAUCGAAAGAUAAAGGCAUUCUGGUUUUCGUGAAAACAAUCAUCAACAGAGAUGAACCAUGGCGGAGGUGGCGGUAGUAUACCGACCGAAAGAGGCCCGAAAUUAGUGAAGGAAUCAGGAACCUAUGGAAAAUGUGUACGAUGUGGGAUUACCUUGAAUCAAGAGCGACAUCCCCAACUGCUUCCUUGUUUGCAUUCAAUUUGUCAAGCAUGUCUGCCCACGAACAAGUCAGAGAUAAAUAAAGAUGUCUCUCUAUUCCCUGCUUGUCCGUCCUGUGACCUGCCCUUCAACAUUCUGGAAGUCACUGAUAAUGUCUUUCUUAAAAACUCAUCCAACGAACUUUGGAAUGGUAAUGUCAAGUGUACCUGUUGUGAGGGGUUUGUGGCGAGUGGCUGGUGUAUAGAGUGUCGAGAAGCACUGUGUUCGGAGUGCGUAUCAGCCCACAGGAGGGUGAAGGUGACCAGGGACCAUACCAUCCUACUGCAACCCCCAACAGGAUUCCCCACCCCCACAAAGUUUUGUGUCACCCACAGACAUGAGCCAAUCAAGCUCUUCUGUUUGACCUGUAAUCAGCUGACCUGUCGAGACUGUCAACUUAUGGAUCACAGGAACCACAGUUUUCAGUUCCUUCAUGAAGCGUUGGUAAGCCAGAAAGAGCAGCUUCAGCUCCUGGUGCAGAGAGUGUGGCAGCAGAGAGAGGCAGUGAAGCAGAGCCUCCAGGACAUGGAUGGCAGAUUGCUGGACAUAAUAGAACUCAAGUCUAAGUUGAGGGAGAGCCUGAGAAGAAUGCUUAUUGCCACUGUCCAACUCUUGAAAUCGAGAGCUGUAUCAAUCUACAGUUACAUAGAGAAUAUGUUUGAUUCAGAGGUGGCGGGGAUUGAGACAAGAAGGAGUGCCUUGAACCGACUGAGGGAAAGACAGGAGUAUGUUGCUGACUUUGCAGAGAGAGCCCUGAAUGUGGAGGACUUCUUUGCCCUGCUCUCCAGCAAAAGCCAGAUUGUAACCCAGUUGCAGCAUAUCUUAUCUCAGAACACUGCACCCCCAGAGUCCAUGCUUAGUUUGCAGCUGGUGAUUAGUGAUGACUUCAAGAAAUAUGUUUCUUCCUUUUGUAAAGUUGUGGGGGAUAUUGUCCCCUUUGCCAAAUCACAUGUUCGAAAGGACGAGUCCCCCAGAAACCCUGAGAGAACCCAAGAAAGUCCGAAUAGUCCAUUUGACCAAAACCCCUCCCAUGUUGCUCCCGUGCCCAUCCAUUCGGUUCCUCCUUCACAUAACCCUGUCCUCCAGGUCCCUUGUCUUUCCCCUGCCCCACCCAGCCUCCUCAAUCAGCCUUCUACUUCCCAGGCCUCCCGCUCCCAGGACCAGCCACUUCGUAAUCCAUCCCAUUCCAACCCUCCAGUGAGCAGUCCUGUGCCCCCCAAGACCUGCCUGUCUACAUUAGCCCCUUCAAAGCCUUGCCUGGAUCCUAAUCCGCUGUGUUGUGUUCCAUCGAACCCUACCCCGCCGGCAGACGCCCCUGCGGGUCCCGUCCAGUCGCCGUUAGUGCCCCCAGACGCCCAGCUUUCCUCUGUUCAGUCUCCCACUUCCCCAUCUGCCCAACCACCAACCAAGGCCACACCCAGACUUUACGGGAAGUUCAAAGCUUCCCCGCCACCUGGAUCGAGACAGUCUCGAAGCGGUAAGAAUGGAAAAUCCUGGACGUUCCACGCAUACUCGCCCGGCAAGCACUGCUUCUCACCUUCCCCCCAAUCCUCUUCUGCGGACACCCUGAAUGUCCCUCCUCGUUCAGCCAUGGUCAACUCUGUCCCAAACCUAGCAUCCUCACAAACUUUAACCGUGGCCCUGCAUCCGAGUAGGUGUCAGCCCCUGAGGAUCCUCAUUGGGUCUCCCUGUGUUAACCCGGCCCCCGUCCUCCCGGUGAAAGCCCUGGCAGACUCCCCCUGUGACAGAGGCCUCCUUCCCACUAGUCUGUCAGGCCAGGCCAGUGAGCCCGACCGUCCGGCCAGGGAGAACGAGCCCACCUCUACGGUCACUGAGGUGGAUCCUGGGGACAGGGUCGUGGCGUCUGCCUGUGACGGGGAUGUGGACGUCGCCACGGGCAGCACCUGUUCAGAUCUGCCGCUCGCUGUGUCUCUUGGCGGGACUGUGACCCACACCGAUGACGGAGCGGAUCGUGACCGGCGACUUGGGGAAGCGAAGGCGAUCGGGCCUGUCUCUUACACUCUGAACAACUGGAGAACUAGGAUGCCUACAAGCUUUAAAGAGAUACUGUUGGGGAGCAGUUCUCCGAGCCCAACCACAGCAGGGUCGCUGGUGGCCACUGAAAUGCCAUCCAGGCCACCGAACACCCAGUCACUGACUUCGACCAAUGGCAUCCACAUUAGCACAACGUUCUUGCAGCCCAGGGUGUCUCUAUUUCGGAUACCCAUUUCCAUACCUGCUCCCGGAUGCCCUCUUCCUCAGUUCCUCCUCGUCCAAGGGGCCAGCAAAAAUGAGAUUAUCCUCCAAGAGAUUAAUGAUGAACAGUCGCAUGGUGAUGACAACGCACUAUCAGAGUCGGAAGACCUCCUCUGGACUAAGGCCCUCUCCUCCCCAGGGACUCCCCCCCUGCUCCAGUGUGUGAGCUGCGCCGCCUGCCGUACUGUUGGUGGCUCACUCCUCUGCGUGUCAUGUGGGAGGGGCUACCACCGGGAUUGUCACAUUCCACCUAUCGGCCCCAGCUUCUGGGAGGAUUGGAAGUGUUCGUUGUGUCAGGACCUGGCCGACGACACAGACCCCUAUGCUGAUGACCGGCCCAAGACUAUGUGUCUCAACAUAGCAGAUCAAAGGAAAUGUGAGCAUCUUCUCCUCUUCCUAAGAUGUGAAAAUGACACAAACGUCCUUUGCAGCCCAACUGAGCCCCCCUCAGAUUCAAUAUGUCUUGACUCCAUACAUGGAAGGCUGCUUCAACACCGAUCACCGCCAUAUCGCACCCCUUCCGAAUUUGUCUCUGACGUCUGGGUACUUUUGGACAACAUGUUAAUGAACUCAAAGGACCAGGAGUCCUGUAUCAAGCUGCGAGGCAGCUUUCAGGUGGAGCUAGGUGCUGUGUUUGGGACCGCUCUCCACCCAUCUCUCCUCAGUUCCCCUGGCAGCAGCUGUGUUGAGCGGGGUAAAGCGGUGCGAACAGAGGCACCAAGCGCUGCAGAGACUCUGAAGCGAAUGAGGGAGUUUGUGAACAAAAUCAAAGUGCCCAAAACUAUGGAAAGUCUCUCUAGUGAAGAUGAUAUGGACAAAAACACAAAGCGAUGCAGGCUGAGUGAUGCCCAUUGACCUUGCAACUCAAAGACCUACCUACCUCAGAAAGGACAGCUAUGUUGUCAGACAAUUGUAUACAGCAGAAAUUGUACAAUAUGAUCUAUCUAUUAAAUAUAGAAGGGUUA